CACAAGUUAAUGAACAACGACUCCCCUUUAUAAAUCAAGGUGGGUCUGGCAAUAGCUAUGCCAACGCAACGGAAAAACCCUGAACGGAUCGAUUUUAAUUCGUCAUCAAUGAAUAUGUGGAAAGAAACCACCCCCUCAGAUUAGCGUCGUUUAGCGAUGACGCACAUUAUUGCUCAUAAAUAAAAAACUGCGCACGCCGACUACAUACCCGGCAUGUACAUUGUAUCAAGAAGUUACUAUUGUGACAACUAACUGUAUCUGAAAACUGUUCGAAAACGCAAAGCAACAUGGCCCCAGACGGAUUCGAUUUGGAGAAAAUCCGGAGUGAAUUUACGGCAGCCCUUCACGAAGAUGGAACGAUAGAUCUUGAACACUACCUCAGAGGGCAUUCUGAGAUUACAAGAUUGCUAUCGCUUCUGGGCACUGUAUUCGGAUUCGUGGCUAAUGACAUGAAACAUAAAAACAACAUUAUCCAUGAUCACCGCACAGACCAUCCUGAGGAAUUCACCACCGUCCAGACCAUGAUCGACUUCGAGAUGCGCGAGAACCUGACAGCGCGGAAGAACGACAAGGGUCGCGAUAGCGGCUCCCGGACGUUUCUCCGGCUCCACCGAGCGUUGGAAUUCUUCGUCGUCCUCCUCACGCGACUCACUCCCGCUAAAGAGACGGAUCCGACGUCGACUCUCUGUUCGAAAACGUACGGGGAGACUCUUGGGAAGUACCAUCCGUGGUUCGUGCGGCAGAUGGCGUACCUCGCGAUCAAGACGCUACCGAACAAAAGACAGCUCAUUCAACGAUAUUGUUUGCAGGAUAUGGACAAAGCUAAGGAGUUGGUCGUAUCAGCCGAAGAAGCCAUGCAAGCCAUCUGGGACAGAACGCAGGAUAUUAUGGAUGAGCAUAAUUUACUCAAUUUACCCUAACCUUAUCAUAGCCACAUAUUGAAUUCAUGUAUUUUAUCAUAUUAUGUAGCCACUGGAUUUCAAUAUGAAGAAUUAAAUAUAUUAUGUAAUUAAGGAAUAUUUCAUGAGUUUUUGGCGGUCUUUGACAUUUUUUUCAAAGGUUUUUAUUUUAUUACAAGUACUCUAGAUUAAUUAACCUUUUCACCUUUUCAUCACCCGGAUCUGCAAAUGCCAUUCAGUUUGCAUUUGAGGUUCAGCGUGUGUCGGUCAUUUGCAAGCGAAAUGAAGGAUGAAGGGGGCGUGGUGGGUCGAAACUUUAGGGGGGUGAUUGAACCAUAUGUAUGUAUCCUACUGCAAUUGCUUUCUGAAUCAUGAUGGCUGGCAAAUGACCAACACUAAAUUCAUAGUUGAACCAUACAAUACAUGCACAUUUUAAGUCUGGGGGGGG